GACUGGCGCCAUCCACGUUGGAGACCGAAUUCUAGCUAUCAACAGCAGCAGCUUGAAGGGGAAGCCUCUGAGUGAAGCCAUCCACUUGUUACAGAUGGCAGGAGAGACUGUCACCCUGAAAAUUAAGAAACAGACAGAUGCCCAGUCAACAUCAAGUCCUAAGAAGUUCCCUAUCCCCAGCCACGCAAGUGAACUGGGAGAUGGUGAGGAAGACUCCUCCCCAAUACAGAAGCCUGGCAAGCUCUCUGACAUGUACCCAUCCACAGUGCCCAGCGUGGACAGUGCUGUGGACUCCUGGGAUGGGUCUGGAAUAGAUGCCAGCUAUGGGAGUCAAG